UUCAGCAGAUUACCGUUCGCAUCGGCUCUCUGUUUCGCCUUGGUCGCGACCUUGUGGCUGGGAGCCGAAACUUCUUCUUUGCAGGAGUCGACGCUGGCUUCCACCCUGGAGUGUCACAGGCGAAUGUACGCCUACAAGGUGACCAAGACGGACAGCGCCGGGCGAGUCUGCUGGGACGUCAUCAACGUCAUGUCUUGCUGGGGGCGAUGUGACUCCAACGAGAUAUCAGACUGGAGGUUCCCGUAUAAGCGCUCCUUCCACCCCGUGUGCUUACACGACACUCGAGCUGUAAGUUCAGCGACGCUACAAAACUGCGAGGAGGGUGUCGAACCCGGUACUGAGGUUUAUGAAUACCUCGAAGCAUUGACAUGUCGCUGUAUGGUUUGCAAGUCUUCAGAAGCAAGUUGCGAGGGACUUCGCUACAGGGGACAAAGAAGUGGGCCCUUCCUUGUGGGAGGUCGGUAAAACAGCACUCUACUAGAUGCGACUAAAUGCCGAAGACGUUCGUGAAAGUUUCGGGUGAGAGGAAAAAGAAUUUUAACGAAGGACAAAAUCAAAAUUUUAUUUAUUUCCUGAAAAUGUAAAUUGUUUAAUUAAUAAUUAUGUCAUUACUCAUAUGUAACUUCUUUCUUUAAUUAUUCAGUAAAUUUAUUGAAUUUAAAUUAUAAUGUAAAGACAAUAUAUUGCUUCAAUUUG